AUGGCUAGUGCUAGUCAAUCAAAUGAUGUCUCUCACGGUAAAUCUGACGAGAUGCAUCUUGAAAUUUUCUGUCUACUCUGGCUCGAUGCUAGUUCAGGCACUAAAGAAGGUCGCGAUACUGAACCAAAAUUACGUUCUAUCAUUAAUCAUCUUAAGAAAUUUCAUGAUACAGCCCAAUGUCAAAAAUAUAUUCAUGAACGAUCAACCAAAGAACGAGUAGUUAUGAUUGUUAGUGGAAGAUUCGGACGAGAAAUCGUUCCUUCUAUUCAUCAUCUUAGACAAGUUAUAUCAAUUUAUGUAUAUUGUAUGGAUAAGGAAGGGAACGAAAAAUGGGCUCGGAACUACAAAAAAAUAAAAGCUGUUGUAGUUAAUCUUGAUGAACUUGUUUCUCGAAUUAAAGCUGAUCAUAAAAUUCAAAAGAUGGUGGAAGAACCAUUAUCAAUUAUUAUUUUUACUAAAGGUGGUGAUGCAGGUAGUUCAACAACAGGGUUAAAUGGUGAAUUUGUUUUUUCACAACUUCUCAUUGAUUUUCUUAUUCGACUGCAGUACACUGAAGAUGAAAAAAAAGAACUUAUUGAUCUUUGUAAAAAACAAUAUACUGGUAACAAUGAUGAAUUGAGUAAUAUUCGUGAAUUUCGUGAAAGAUAUUCAUCUAACAAAGUUUUAUGGUGGUAUACACGAGAAUCGUUCUUUUACAAGACCCUUAAUGCCGCUCUUCGUACUCCAGCAGAUAUUCAUACAAUAUUUCUAUUUCGCAAAUAUAUCGCUGAUAUCCAAAAUCAAUUAAAGAGGCAUCAAGCUAAAAACCGUCUUCGAGUUUAUCGAAGUCAAAUGAUGUCAAAUAAUGAACUAGAAACUUUGAAACAAAAUUGUGGUAAAUUCAUUUCUAUCAAUUCAUUUUUUUCUACCAGUUCUGAUGAACAGCAAGCUCUGUCAUUUCUCAAAAAUUCUGAUGAUACAGAAAAUUUACAAGCAGUAUUAUUUCAAAUUGAUGCUGAUCCUAAGAUGGCAACUGCAAAACCAUUUGCUGAUAUCACUGAAUUAAGUGAAUUCAAAGGUGAAGCUGAAGUUCUUUUUAUGUUGGGUUCCAUUUUUCGAUUGGAUAGUGUCAAGCGCAGCAAAAAUAGUCAAGUAUGGAUCAUUGAAAUGACAUUGUGCAAUGAUGAAGAACAUGACUUGAAACAAGUUCUCAUAGAUAUGAAAGAGCAGUUUAUGAGCGAAGGAAUAAAUCUUCAAGGAUUAGCAAAAAUAUUACGGGGAAUGAGCCAAAUUAACCUGGCUAGAAAAUACUUUAUCCGUUUGUUAGAACAACUACAACUCAAUGACCCUUUACGGAUUGAUUUGUAUCAAGAUCUAGGCGAACUUGAAUCACAUGCCGGUGACUUGGACAAGAGUAUUGAAUGGCACCGAAAAGCAAGUGAAUUGAGAAAACAAAUUCAAUCUACUUCCUCUUCCACCAUUAGUAAACCAAAGAAUCCUUUUAAACAGCCUUCACUCAACGAUCCUUCACAAACUGAUUUGUAUCAAGAUCUGGGCAAACUUGAAGCACAUGCUGGUCACCUGGACAAUAGUACAGAACGGCACCGAAAAGCAACUGAAAUGAAAAAUCAACGUCAAUCUUCUUCUUCCUCCAGCAUUAAUAAACCAAAGAAUCCUUUUAAACCAAAAUCCAACAAAUGGAAACAAAAUGCUAUCACUGUGGCUGCUGGAAAUGGACAGGGACAACAAUUAAAUCAACUCUAUUUUCCUAACGGAAUUUUUAUUGAUAAAAACAAAAAUAUUUUCAUUGCUGAUUUUAGUAAUCAUCGUAUUGUUGAAUGGAAAUGUAAUGCAAAGGAAGGACAAAUCAUUGCAGGUAGAAAUGGAGAAGGAAAUCGAAUGGAUCAGUUGAGUUAUCCAACAGAUGUGAUUGUUGUUGUUGAUCAACAAAAUCACUCGAUCAUCAUUGUUGAUGGUGCGAAUAAACGAGUGAUUCAAUGGUUGAAUCAAAAGCAACAAAUUCUCAUUGACAAUAUUGACUGUUGGGGCUUGGCAAUGGAUAAAGAUGGAUUUCUUUAUGUUUCUGAUCGUGAGAGGAAUGAAGUGAAACGAUGGAAAAUGGGAGAAUAUGACAAUGAAGGAACUGUAGUGGCAGGUGGAAACGGACAAGGAAAUAAACGCAAUCAACUCAGUUAUCCUACUUUUAUCUUUGUCGAUGAAGAUCAAUCUGUUUAUGUAUCAGAUACUGGCAACCAUCGUGUGAUGAAAUGGAGAAAAGAUGCAAAAGAAGGAACAGUUGUUGCUGGAGGAAAUGGUCAAGGAGCAAAUCUAAAUCAGUUGUCUUUACCUUAUGGAGUAAUCGUUGAUAAUUUGGGUCGAAUCUAUGUGGCAGAUUUUCGGAAUGCUCGAGUAAUGCGUUGGUGUGAAGGAAAAGAAGAAGGUGAAAUUGUUGUUAGUGGAAAUGGUCAAGUAAAUCAAUUGAAUGGUCCCUGUGGUUUAUCUUUUGAUGAUGAAGGAAAUCUUUAUGUUGCUGAUUAUUCAAAUCAUCGAGUUGAAAAAUUUGAAAUAAUUUUGUCCAUGAAAUUUUGA